ACUGUAAAAAGAUGAUAAAAAUAUGAAGAUUUUUGCUAAAUCCUUCAAAUUAGUAUGCAGAAAUAUUAUUAAUAAUAAUUUCAUUAUUAUUAAUAAUAAUGAUUAUUAUAUAGAGAUACUUAAAAUUAAUAAAAUAAAGUUUUCUUUCUAUCGUAUGUGAGAUAAAGCAGGAUCUUGAUUCCACACAGUAGGCCGCUCUGCUGCUUUGCUUCCCUGAAAGAUUAAAAUUGGAGACUUUUUCUGAGAAAUUUCUCAUUUUGUUCUUUGACUUAGAUCUUCAUCUAAUGUAAACAAUUUGACCUUCAUGAUUUUUUUAUGUAUAUGUUUUGUUUGUUUUUUUUCCUGGAAAGUUGUGGAAUAAACUGUAGCAGCAGCUUUUAACAUUUAACAUGAAAUCAGUAAAACAUGUAAAAGACCUGAAGAUUCAGUUUGAUUAAAAAAACCAUUUAAUUUAUUAUUAUUAUUAUUAUUAUUAUUAUUAUUAUAUUCUGUAAUUCAUUGAGUCCAUUUUCGUUUUUCGUAGGGGCUUAUUUGUUGAUUACGGUUCAAGGAAGUGAUCAUUUUGAUUUGAUUUAUUUAUUUUGUUUAUUUCAAGUGUCAUUUGAAGAAAAAUCCACUUAAAACUAAUUUCAGAAACAAAUUUCAUCGACAGGGGGAUUUUUUUUCGAGGGGAGAAUUUUUUUCGUUAAAGCAUGAAACACACUUAGGUCACAGUUUCAUGAAAUAGUGAUGUUUGAUUUGCAAUUUACUCAUUUUAAAAAUUAACAAACUCCAUGUUCUAUAUGAAAUGUUAAGUCUGUUUGCUAAAAAAAAUGCUUUUAAGUAAUAAAUUGAGUUUUCUUGAUUCAAUCUAAAGUACCUUUUUAUCAGUUAAAAAACAACUAUACUGUGUGUUUUAAAAUAAACGAAAAAUACCUUUAAAAUAAGUGUCGGGUGACGCAUUUUAGAAGGCUGAGAAUAAAAAAACUUUUUUUUUUUUUUACAUUAAAAGAGAAUUUCCUUCGGCGUCCUGCGGUGCAAACGCUGCGCGCUGCUGCUGUUUGCGCCUCUGGAUCUCCUCGUGUCUGUUAUCUGCGCGCGCGGCCUUUAAAGGGAACAUUUAUCUCCUCGUAAAACUGCUUUCACUUUCCGUCCAUAUCACGGAUCUGGCAACUUCUGAUGGUUCAGGCCCACGUUUGAGAACAAGAACCAGAAGUAACGUUUUAAUUAAAUUGGAAUUUAUAGUGUGUUUGUUUAUUUGUUUACGUCUAAACAGUUUUAUUAAACGCGCUAAAGCGCUUUUGGGGGGGCUCUCCUGCUCCUCCUCUCAGCUCCUGUAGCAGGGGUCUUCCUCCCUCCUCCUCCUCACUCACCUCCCUCCCACCUGGAUCUACCUCUGAUCCUCUGCGUCACGUGUCUCCCUCCGUACAAGUGUCGGCUGGGACGGAGAGCAGCCGCAUAUCAGCGGUUAUCAGCGACUCCAAACCAUCUUCAGAUCAGACCGGAGGGAGAGCAACGCAGCGCCCUGGGACAGCCCGCGCGCCCCUUUCCCUCCAUCAUCCAUCCAUCCAUCCUCUAAGGGAAAAAAGAGGAGUAACUGUGCCACCCUGUCCACCCAGUUCCCAGCAUUUUACGCGGAGCUUUGACGCGCUCCAACUCCGCGGAGCGCACUACUUUAUCAGGCGUGCGUCGUUAUCUGGGGGAGAUAAAGUCGCGGAGCGCCACUGGGAAAACAGCUGCGUCCUUCCUGCGCAUUUAUCAAGGAACCUUUCAAGAGGAAACGCUCUGAAUUCAGGAGUUGUGAGCAAAAUGUACCAGAGUUUGACCCCGUCCGCGUAUGACGCCGGGAAUUACAUGCACCCCCCGGCCAGCUCUCCGGUCUACGUGCCCACCAACAGAGUCCCGGGAAUGCUGUCCACUCUGCCCUACCUGCAGACCUGCGACUCUCCCCAUCAGAGCCACGGCCUCGGCGGGCACCACAGCUGGGCCCAGAGCGCGGCGGACGCCUCCUCCUUUGCGCCCGGGAGCCCCCACCCCGCGCACGGAUUCUCCUACUCGCACAGCCCCCCGGGCGGAACCAGCGGAGGCGGAGGCCGGGACGCCGCGUACCAGAGCCCACUGGUCCUCGGGAGCGGAGCGCGCACGGAGCAGUACGGGGGCGCGCUGGUGCGCUCCGUCGGGGGCGCUUACUCCAACCCGUACGCCGCCUACAUGAGCCCGGACGUGGCCACGUCCUCGUGGACGCCGGGUCCCUUUGAGAGCGGGGUGAUCAGCCUGCAGGGCCGACAGGGGGGUCUGUCCGGGAGGAGGUCCAGUCUGGACCUCAUGGACGACAUGCCCACCGAGGGCAGGGAGUGUGUCAACUGCGGCUCCGUGUCCACGCCGCUGUGGCGCAGGGACGGCACCGGCCACUACCUGUGCAACGCCUGCGGCCUCUAUCACAAGAUGAACGGCAUCAACAGGCCGCUCAUCAAACCACAGAAGCGACUGCAGAGCACGUCCCGCCGGGCCGGCCUGUGCUGCACCAACUGUCACACCAGCACCACCACGCUGUGGAGGCGCAACGCCGAGGGGGAGCCCGUCUGCAACGCCUGCGGCCUUUACAUGAAGCUGCACGGGGUGCCCAGACCUCUGGCCAUGAAGAAGGAGAGCAUUCAGACCAGGAAGCGUAAACCCAAACUCCCCAAAAACAAAACAUCUGCAGGACCCCUCACCUCUGACUCCGGCUCCCCAUCCUCCCUCUCAGUUUCAGAACACGCCUCCACCGUUAAGAGUGAACCCAACCUGGCUCCAUCACCCUAUGCAGGACAGACCGUCACGUCGGGGACUCAGACGGCCUCUCAGCUGGACAGCACAGGACCCGGACACGUGGACAUUAAAUACGAGGAUUACCCCUUUACCCCCACCUCCAUGGCUCCACAUAAUUCCUGGUGCGCUCUGUCUCAGGCAUGAGCAGGACUGGACUCAACCGGGAAGAACCCUGUUGGAGUGGCAUUCAAAGCGGGAAAAAUGGCAAGGACAGGAUUUGAGGACUUGUUCUGUGGGUUUUUUUGCUGUGAGUGCUGCUCUCGGAGAAGAACGCAAACACACACACAGUGUUUCAUAGCGAUUGGUCCAUUUAACGAACCACGUUUCCUCAAAAUCACAACAACUACCUACUGCCAAAGGCGUGUUUUGGAGAAACAUAAGGACCGUGGAGUGGAAUUUGAAGAGAUAAGGGUACAGUAACCAGUCACAAUAGCUCAUAAAGGUUUUCUGCUGCUGGAUUUCACCCUGACUGUUUUCACCAACAAUUCCCCGACAUGCUGUUGUUGUAGAACAAGACUCAAAAGAAAAAAUCAUCAAAAAUCCCUUUUUUAUGGCUGUUGAACUGGUCUCAUUACCGACAUGUAGAUGAUUAACUUUUAUUGGCACAUUAUUUAUGUUGAGAUAAGGACAGUUAAAAGUCAUUGUUGACACUAAAAGCAGCCUGUUAUAAACCCCUGCUCCCCUCAGCCAAGGGCUGUUGCUCUGUAUGCGUCGAAGAAGCUUAGAUUACAUUUAUUUUUACGAGACCGCACACAUAAACUGCGUCUUGUAAAAGUGGCUCUGAAAUGAGGACCAGCGGUUUGUAUUCCACAUACCGGGAGACGAGCGCGCUCACGUUGGACAUGAAAGUGCACUGACUGAACUUGUGGAGAAAUGAAGGAGGCGGGAAAUUAUUGUAAACCUAAUAGAAUAAUCCUAUCCGCAUUUUUGUAUGGGAAUUUUAUUGCCAUAAAUUUCUAAAGACUUUUUCAGUUUGUUUUGGAUACAUUUUUGGAAUCUGUUCAGAUUUAAUAAAUUUAUUCAAAUUUUAUAAAUCGUUCUGCAAUGACUUAAAUGUUCAUAACCUGAAGUUAAUUUUCUGUCCAAUUAUAUGUGGUCAAAGACAAAAAUCUGAUUUAGCCUGAAUGUGUGUGAAGCAGAAAUGGAUGGUGGCCCUGAAGUCCAAAUCACAUGAGCAAAAACAUAUUGAAGAUCACAAUUAAAAAAGCUAAAAAGAUAAUAGAAAUUCAACAUUACAUUUUAGAAAUUAAAACCAAAACGUAAUUCCAAAAGAUACAACCAUACAAAAAAAAUUGAAAUAAAAUGGAAACGUUUCAGAAAAAAGUAAUUUCCGAGGAUUAAAAUGAAAUGUUAAAAGUGAAACAAAAUAAGAAACUUUAAAAGGUAGGUGUUGUGGGGCAUCACAGGUUGGAUGAACUAUUUGUUGAUAUCUUCUGACAGAAGAUAUUAAAGUUUCUCACCACAGUCACUGCAGAAGUGCAAUGAUUGUUUGAUCUAUAUCACAGUUCAGGUGGAACAUUUUUCUGUUCCUCUCUUCUUCAAAACUCAAACUUCAUCAUCCAAUCAGUAACAUCCCAUAGUAUCUACCUUUUCUGGUUCCUUGUUUUCUUUUCUUUUUUAAUUUAUUUUGAUUUAUGGAAAUUACUUGUGUUUUUCAAAAAGUUUUUUAUUUUAUUUUUAAAAUGUAAUAUGUUUUUUUUGUUAUUGUUUGUUUCUCUUUUAAGGUGCUUUUCAGGGUCCUGUGGAAAUGUUCAUAAACAAUUAAAAUUAGUCGUAAAGGAUUUUCC